AUGGGGGGGACCCACAUGCUGUUGCUGCUGUGGGUGACGGUGACAAUGGCCUCGGUGGUGGCCGGGGGGGGCCCCGGGGGGGGCUCGGUGCAGUUCCUGGCUGUGGGGGACUGGGGGGGGGUCCCGGACCCCCCGUUUGUCACCCCCCGGGAGGUGGCCACAGCGGCCGCGAUGGGACACGCGGCCACGGAGCUCGGAGCCGACUUCGUGCUCGCCCUCGGGGACAACUUCUACUACGAGGGGGUGCGGGACGAGUGGGACCCCCGCUUCCAGGACACCUUCGAGCGGGUGUUCACAGCCCCGGGGCUCCAGGCCCUGCCCUGGUUCGUCCUGGCCGGGAAUCACGACCACGCCGGGAAUGUCACCGCUCAGAUAGCCUAUGGGCACCGGUCCCCGCGAUGGCACUUCCCCCAUUACUACUACAGCCUUCGCCUGUCGCUGCCGGGCACGAACGCGUCGGCGCGGCUGCUGGUGCUGGACACGGUGCUGCUGUGCGGGGGGGCCGAUGACUUCGGCGCGGGGGGAGCCCCGCGGGACGCGGCGGCGGCGGCGGCGCAGCUCUCGUGGCUGCGGGAGCGCCUGGCGGCGGCGCGGCGGGACCGCUUCGUGCUGGUGGCCGGGCACUACCCGGUGUGGUCCGCGGGGGAGCACGGCCCCAGCGCCUGCCUCCGCCGGGACCUGCGCCCGCUGCUGCGGCGCCACCGCGUCACCGCCUACCUCUGCGGGCACGACCACAACCUGCAGUUCCUAUGGGAGGGGGGGGUGGGCUACGUGGUGAGCGGGGCCGGGAACUUCAUGGAGGGGUCCCAGCGGCACGGGGGGGCCGUGCCCCCCGGCUCCCUCCGCUUCUUCUAUGGGGCCCCCGAGUCCCCCGGGGGCUUCGUCCACGUGCGCCUGGAGCCGGCCGCGGCCACCGUCACCUUCCUGGAGGCCACCGGCCGCGUCCUGCACCGCGUGGUGCUGCCACCGCGACACCCCUGAACACCCCCGUAUAACCCCCCCCGAGCACCCCCCGCAUAACCCCCUGAACCCCCCCCUUAUACCCCCCCAAUACCCCCACUGAGCCCCCCCCGUAUAACCCCCCCCUGAACCCCCCCGCAUACCCCCCUGAGCACCCCCCGUAUAAUCCCCUGAACCC